AUGAAUUAUUUUGAGACUCAGUCUUGUGAAGAUCCAUCUUUCUUUUAUACAUUCCAAUUGGAUAGUGAUCAAAUGAUCACUAACAUAUUCUGGGCUGAUUCAAAAAUGAUAGUUGAUUAUUGCAAUUUUGGAGAUAUUGUAAGUUUUGACACAACAUACAAAGUUGUACAUGGCAACCGUCCAUUUGGAAGUUUCUUGGGUUUGAAUCAUCACUGGGAGACCGCUGUGUUUGGAGCAGCAUUCAUGUUUGAUGAGACUGCAGAGUCGUUUGUUUGGUUGUUUGAAACAUUUUUGAAAGCAAUGUCUGGUAAAGUGCCAAAGACGAUCUCCACUGAUCAAGAUGCUGCAAUGGGAAAGGCAUUAACGCAAAAGCAUCUAGGGUUCUUGUUUAGACGUGCGCAAGGCUUUAAGAAGAUGUUAUCAAAAUUUAUGUUUCAAAUUGAGGAGGAUGAAGAAUUUACCAGGGAAUGGAAUUUAAUGAUAAUGAAAUAUGGUGUUGUUGGUAACAUGUGGCUUAUAAAUCUGUUAGGUUUGAAACAUAGAUGGGCCAUGGUAUUUAUUAAACAUGCCUGGUCCGCGGGUAUCCACAGCACACAACUGAGUGAAAGCUUCAAUGGUUGCUUGAAGGCAUACUUAUCCAGGCAACUAAUUCUUCCAGAUUUCUUCACACACUUUGAAAGGUUGUUGUCUGACAAGCAUUACAAGGAGUAUGUAGCCGAGUAUGGGGUACUCCAUAAUCUACCUCAACUGAAAACAAACUGUAACAUAUUAGUAGAGGCGGCAAACAUGUACACAAAGGUUAUAUUUAAUAGUUUCCAGGAGGAGUUCUUAGCAGCUUGUGCCAGUCAGAGAAUCAUUGGUUGCAGUCUCAUCGAGGGUAACGAAGGCUAUGUUAACAAAGUCGUUGGUGAGGAUGGAAUGCAACGCAACGUCACGAGGACAUCUGAAGAUGAAUUGUUAUGUUCUCGUUGUAAAUUUGAAAGGGAGGGUAUUAUGUGCAGGCAUACUUUGAAAAUCCUAAAGGACUCCAUGUUCGCCAAUACAUUGCCUCGUCGAUAUAUAUUAAGAAGGUGCACUAGAAGUGUAAGAGAUGGUAGCUUGGAGGAAAAUCUUUCCGGUGAAGUGAUUGCUGAUGCUGAUCCAAAAAUUGAGGUUAGGAGACGGCACAAGGUACUUUGUCUCAUUCUGACAGAAAUUUCGUCCAUUGUAUCAGAGGAUAAGAACGGAUACAAUGAUUUGUUAGUGAAAGCCAUGGAGUGGAAAAAAAUUGCCCAAUCAAGUUGUAGGCGUAGGUUUGCUGAGAAGAAUGCAAUUUAUACUGCUGGUAAAGGCAAAAACCAAUAUCACGGGAGCAACAUAAAUACUGACAAAAUCCCUAAAUGCCUCAAGUGUAAAGAUACACGGAAAGGAAAAUUUAAGAGGUUAAAAUCAACCAUGGAGCUAAAGAGUUGCAAUGAGAGAAAAUCAUUGAAAAAAACAGUUCAGCUUCAGAAUUGCAAUGAAGCCCUUCAAUCCAGAGAUGCAGGUGCCAGUAGUCAUAGUGGAGCAAUUCCCUACCACGUGUUAAUGAAUCACAACUAUCAAAGUAGUAGUGCUUCAGAUUCCCUCCUUGCUCUUGGUUUAACAGCAUUGCCCAGAAUUUGA